AUGGCUCUCGAGUUGUCAGACGCGCACGCUAUCCUGCUAGCCACGAUCCUCUGCGCAGGUGGCAACGUGGCCGACUUGCCCGUUCUACAGGCGCAGUUUCCUCAUUGUUUUCCACUGGAACGCCUCCUGCGCAUUAUCCUGACCUUCCUCCCGGAGAGUACAGAGCCCUCUCACUACACUUCGGUAAUUCAAAAGCUAGCCAAUAGCUCCAAUAUUGUGCCCGCAGACCGAUCGCUUGAUACAUCGGCCGUUCAAGACUUGUCCGAAUCGGUAGCCCGAAAGCGCGUACGGAAGCUUAAUCUACGACCACUACAACGCCCCGACGAGGAAGAGGAUGUCGCCUCCGCAGAUCCGCUGACUCAAUUUAUCAUACAUCGGGCGCAUCUGAUCGACUCGGAAACAGCACUCCAGCCACUCGUCCUCGAACUCGUUCUGCCGUUCUACGAACACUCGCCAAUUAUUCGAACAUGGCUAAUCUCGAGCCUAUUACCAUUGCUUCGACUGAAUUAUGAAUACUAUGCGCACCGCGACGAGACAAUAUCACUUGAGAUCUUAGAGUCUAUGGACGAUCAGACGGCUGUCAACAUUCUCCUGUCUUUGAUGAGUUCCGAGGGAAGCAGCAUGGACUUGGUUAAUAACUUGAGAGGUCUAAUUGGACCUUGGCUUUAUGGCGGUAACCGAUCGAAACGGCGGAGACUCAACGAGGCUGCUGCGCAGAACUCAGUAUCUUUCAUCGAAGGGUCUUCAAAGACUCCGUCCGCCGAAUUGGCUGGUUGGGAACACGUGAACGAAUGGCUCCUCUCACGAAGUCUUGUGGACCAUGACAGUGUUGUGGGCGCAUUCACACAAUGGGAUGGACCGUCAGAUGUCGAUUUGGGGGCGAAAGAACUGCAGACUCGAUACGGCCAAUCCGGUCUUUCUGUGAUAUAUGCGCAUGCGGAUUCCUCGAUGGCUGUGCUAAAGGGCUCUUUCAGGGUGUUGGAGCGUGUUGCCAAGCUGCUCGACCUAGAGGAAAGCUUAUACUUAAGCUCUGACUCUGUGCUGCCAUCUAUUUACUAUGAUACCGAUUCCAUUUCCUCGACCUCCCGGGCAUCGCUGCUGCAGAACGCCCUCUUGAGACCGACAAAUCCUCUUACUCAGCCGUCGCCUCCAUCGAUCUCAUUCCUCAGCGCCUUACUUAUCUCCCUUCGCAUAUUAACCGAACUUGGUCAUCUGGUUCCCUGUCGUGUUGCCGCAAACAUGUGCCUUCACAGCACCGAGGAGAUGCAACUGGCAGAGCUUAAGAGCGUGGUCAGCUCGACCGUGAAGCAACCCAGGUCAUAUCAAGAAUGGCUAUCGGUCCGGGAACGGCUGCUUUGGCUUCGAGAUUGGCAGGCGGAACAGUCAGAGGUUUGGGAUGAACCUUCAGUUUACCACGGACUUUUCUGGAGGAUUCCGCGUGACACGGUGGAAAUAGAAAUCCUGAAGGCUCUAUUGGCGGCCAGAGAACACCAAUUGGCCGUGGACCUAUAUACCGACUCCAAAGCAGCACCACUGAGUGCAACCCAAGUGGAGUUGGCGGUCCAAGAUGCGAUAUUCGCUGCGUAUGACAACGCAAGCAAUGGCAACCGAACCCGCGGAGGAAUGAAGAGGGCCUACGACAUAUUACAAGCAUUCCAACCACACUUCCCCGGCUCUGUUGGAUUCAAACAGAUCCAUGCUCUCAUCGCCGCGACCCAUGCCCUCUCAUUCUACUCCCUGACUCUCCAACAUGGUGUCCCCUUCCAGCCUGUCAGCAUCCGCGUUCACCAUGACCCUCUUCUAUUGAUUGAGAAGGUCCUGGAGCAAAAUGCAAAGAGCUACACCAAACUGGAUGAUCUCCUAUCUAUCGGGCGCAACCUAGUAGCCGCAGGCGUGCCCACAAACACCACAGCUGAAGCCGAGAAUGAACCAUCUCACCAGAAGCCUUCAGAGGAAUCCAUCCUCCUCACAGCCGAACGUCGCAUCACCUCCCUGGCAAUCGCCUCCGCCCUAUCCUCAAACGACUUCGGCACAGCCUACUCCUACAUCCUCACCAGGCUAACACCCCCAUCCCUCCUCUCAACCUCCUCCCCACUCCUCACAACCCCCACCGUCCCAGACGACAUCUCCUGGCGAGCCGUCUACAACGCCGGCCGCUACCGCUCCACAACCCCAGUCAACCCACCCCCAACCCUCCAAUCCCAAAUCACCCACCUCUCCCAAAGAAUGGAACUCCUCUCCCUAGCCCUCGUCCUCGUCCCCUCCCCAGACCCCCUCCCCGAAAUCCUAGGUGCCUGGCGCCGUUGCGACGAAGAACUCUCUUCCCUCCGCGCCCGCGAACAACAAGAAGAAGACCUCUGGGACACAAAGGGCGACACCCUCUCAUCCGUCCCAGGCGGGUUCGGACCUUCGGAUUCAGAGCGGGACGCCUUCGAUACCGAGCAGCAACGCGCCGCACGUCGUGCACGUGCCCGUGCAGCUAUGAGUUCGCACCACGAGGCGCCGAUGGGUCUAUUCGAAGUUGCGCGUGGUGCAGCCCUUGCCUUGCAUAAGAACGCCUUCCCACUUCGUGGAGCAGCCGAUUCAACGGCUUCGGGCCCAGGUUCGAAUUCGAAUUUCAAAGUCGCGGCUGAUGGGGAUCGUCCGUUGUCGCCUGAUAGCGAGAGCCGUGUUCGGAAGAGGGAUAUGGUUAGCAAUAUGGUGACUGGUGGUUUGGUUAGUGGUAUUGGGUGGGUAUUGGGUGCUGAUCCUGUGAACAAGUAA